CAUCUUUUAUUUUUCCUUACUGUAGUUUCCGUUAUGAAGGCAGAAUGAAAACAAUUACGCAAUGAGAACAGCGGUCGGUGUGUCUGCCUGCUGGUCUCUGCUGCCGCGCCUGCUGUAGUGACCGAGGGGCGGGAACGGAAAAUAGCGGGAAGACAGGCCAGCAGGUACAGCAGUGUCUCGUGGUGUGAGGCAUCUGUCCACACACGCAACAACAGAAAACGCUUGUCCUUGCAGUGGUGUGGUGAGUGGCAUUGCUGAGGUCACCAUGUCUCUGGCCUCUAAAGUGACUCUGGGUGUUGCGUGCUGUGUCACCGCUGGCAUUGUGGGAUACGUGCACCUCAAGCAGAGCAUUGACAGGGAGAAGCUGCACGAGGGAGUUAUUCGGGACGUGGAGAGGCAGCAGCGACGCAAGGCAGAGAACGUUUAUGUGUUGCAGCGGCAGUCUGACCUCACCAAGCAGCUGAGGCAGGAGCAGCAGCAGCGGGAGGCAGCACAGCAGGCCACACCAACCUAGGUACAGCUGAUGUGCAGUAAAGGCUGAAUGAAACAAGCCUUAACAAGAGGACAUUUCACCCAAAAGACCCUGGAAGUGAGGGAGUUUGGAAGGGCACGUGUCAGAGACAACUCCCCAGGCAGCACUGACGGGUGUAGGGCACACCAGGGGUGGUGGGUGGUGGGUGAGGCUCAGCUUUACUACACAAGACUGGCAAUGUUGAAGGAACUCAAAGCAACCACUGGAAGAGAAUGUGGUGAAAUGUCAAGGGAAAUGCUUUCCACUGUUUGUAAUGGUGGUGUUGUGCACCACCACCAGUGCCUGGACCACAAUGCCCAUCACCUCAAACACUUGUGAUAUAUUGUAGUAAUAAACUGUGUGUGUGUAUGUA